AUGCUGAAGGCUUUUGCUGUAGGACUGGCAAUCCUCACGUGUAAUUGCAUCGAAGCGGCACUUGAUAUCAACGGCAACACCGCGUGUACGUGGAACUCCCCAAGUUGCUAUCCAUCAGCCCUAUGCGCACCCACUGGUAAUUCCGCCAAACCGUGCCAAGUCAAGAACGGUGCCGAAUUCACCCCUCAACAACUCCACCUCGCGUACGCAGGUGCUAGUGCUGGAACCGGCAUGACUCUGUCGUGGUCGACAUAUUCACAGGUGCAAGACAGCUCUGUCUGGAUCGGAAAGUCUAAGGACACUUUGGCGUUGGUCAACACACCAGUCUCCCAAUCCAGUUACUACAGCGACAACACUUACAAUAUGUUCCACCACCACGCGACGAUCUCCGGUCUUACACCCCACACUAAGUAUUUCUACAAGGUGGGCAGCAAAUCCACCCCCGACUACGUGAGUGCCGUGUACUCGUUUGUUACUGCUCGUGUUGCGUCGGAUAAUAGUACGUUCAACAUGGUAGUGUAUGGUGACUUUGGCCCUGGUGAUCAGUCAAAAAACACCCUCGCCUACGUGAACUCGCUAACGUCUGAUCAAGUUGAUCUAAUCUAUCACAUUGGCGAUGUCGGCUACGCUGACGACGACUUUCUCAUGCCCGGACAAGCUUUUGGAUUCUUCUACGAGAAAGUAUACAACAAAUGGAUGAACUCGUUGACUCCGAUCAUGAGUUCGGUGCCGUACAUGGUUCUCGUUGGAAAUCACGAGGCCGAGUGUCACUCUCCAGCUUGUCAAGUAUCACCGUCAAAGUCCAAGGCACUGGGAAAUUACACAGCCUACAACGCACGAUUCAAGAUGCCGUCCAAAGAGGUCGGAGGGAAGCUCAAUAUGUGGUACUCUUUUGAGAACGGCCCAAUCCACUUUACCUCGAUCUCUGCUGAGACGGACUAUCCCGGUGCACCGCAGAACAAAUACACCGCUUUUAGCCAUAACGGUAACUUCGGUAACCAGUUGGCGUGGGUGGAGGCUGACCUGAAGAAGGCGGCGGCAAACCGAGCUAACGUUCCUUGGAUUAUCGUCGGCAUGCAUCGUCCUAUCUACGAUUUAUCAACCAGCAAAAAUGGGACUCCAAUAGACCAGAGCGCACGUAUGCAGGCUGCAUUCGAAGCGCUUUUCCUGAAGUACAAGGUGGACGUGGUUCUCACUGCUCAUGAGCACUGCUACGAGCGUCACACCCCAAUUCGCAACAAUCAGCCUAUCUUGGACGGCGUCUCCAGCGAUCGCAAGACGUACAGCAAUCCUCAAGCCCCGGUUUACAUUCUUAGUGGCGCUGGAGGCGGUAUUGAGGGCCACGAAAAUAAUCCCCACACGAGCGCGAAGUGGAAUGUGCUUUCGAAUUACGCAGACUUUGGAGUGACCACACUUCAGGCCAACCGUACAAUGCUGUCGUGGAAGUUCAUCAACAGCGCGAAUAGAGCAGUUCUGGACAGUUUUGUAGUCGUAAAGACAGGGUAA